UUUCGGCAGAUCAUCAGGGUUUUCCAGAGGAGCAGCAGAGCGAUGCAGAGCGCGUGGCAGGAUGUCUCUCUCCUCCUCCUCCUCCCUGUGCACCUCCCAGCUGUCUCUCCUCUCCGUCCUCCCCCUCUUCCUCCCCCUCCUCAUCUCCCUCGUGCCUCCUUGCCUCCUCCACCCGCAGCCGUGUCUCCUCCUGGCUCAGAUCGGACACUCGGUGAGGGUUGGUGCUCUGCUGCCGGCUCAGCGGGCGGCGAGCAUGCACGUGCAGGCGGCUCUGAGCCGCGCGAUGAAAGAGCCGGAGAAGUUCCUGCCCUACAACCUGAGUCUGCAGCUGGUGACCCUGCAGCCAGCCGCCGCCGACCCGGAGUCUGUGCUGCGCUGCGUGUGCCAGGGCGCCGCCACGGUGGCAGCCAUGCUCGCCUUCCCGCAGAGCCGCGAGGAGCUGCUGCACGUGGACCUCAUGGCUGCCUUCCUACAGAUCCCGUUCAUCAGCGUCCUGGAGACCGGGGAGACACUCAUCACACAGAACCGGUUCCACCUGCAGAUGGCGAUGGGCGUCCCAGAUUCGGCCCUGUCGGCGCUGCUGCUGGCAGUGUUGCGGCGUUCUGGUUGGCUGGAGGGAACCGUGGUUCUGUGCCGGGGCUGGGAGGAGGCCAGCGGGCUGCUGAGGCGGCUAGACGGCGUCGGUGACAGCAGAGCAUCAUGGGACGGAGGCGGGCCCGGCUGGCGCGUUCGUGCCGUCCUGAACCUGACGCAGUCGGCGCACGACGACACGCAGAUCCACGACUUCCUGUUGCGCCACUUCGGGCAGAACCCGGCGGCCCCGGCGGCCGUGCUGCUGUUCGGCGCCGAGCCGCAGUGUGUGGCUGCGGUGCUGCGCGGCGCCCAGGACCUGGGCCUCACGCUACCCAUGAUGCACUGGGUGCUGGGCCAGCCACUGCGGCCCGACGCGCUGCACGCCAUCGGCCUGCCGCUCGGCCUGCUGGCCUACGGGGAGGUGGAGCGCAAGCCGCUGGACUUCUACGUCACAGACGCUCUGAUGCUCGUCAGCCGGGCAGUCAGUGCAGCGGCCGGCGUCAGACCGGACCUGGCGCUGAGCCAGAACACACUGCGCUGCCACGACACCCCGCCGCCCGGGGGGCACUUCCUGUCCAGGUUCCUGUCCAACACGUCGUUCUCCGGGCUGACUGGUCCGGUGCGAGUGCAUCCGAACCGCUUGGAGGUCGUGAACUCGCAGCAGUUCCACAUCUGGAGUCUGCGGCGGGACGCGCUGGGCCAGCCCAGCUGGGUAACGGUGGGCCGCUGGGCUGCCGGCCAGCUCAUCGUGGAGGAACAGGAAGUGUGGCGCGGACCCAAAACUCGGCAGCGCCCCGAGGGGCCGGCCAGGGAUACGCGGCGCCGCUGGAGGCCUGGCACGCCUGCGGCGGGGAGCUGGGUCCGCGUGGUGACGCUGGUGGAGCAUCCCUUCGUGUUCACGCGGGACGUGGAUGACGAGGGCCACUGCCCCGCUGGACAGUUCUGCCUGGACGCCGGCGCCAACAGCUCCGACGCUCUGGAGAGAUACUUCCGGGACGUGGCGGGUGGGAACAGCAGCUUCCUGCCCGCAGGGUUCAGCAAGUGUUGCUACGGUUACUGCGUGGACCUGCUGGAGAAGCUGGCGGAGGAUCUGGGCUUCCAGUUUGAGCUUUAUAUUGUGGGCGACGGGAAGUACGGCGCGUGGAAGGGCGGGCGCUGGACGGGGCUGGUGGGGGAUCUGCUGGGCGGGCUUGCAGACAUGGCCGCCGCCUCCUUCAGCAUCAACUCGGCACGCAGCCGCGUCAUCGACUUCACCUCGCCCUUCUUCUCCACCAGCCUGGGCAUCCUGGUGCGCAGCAAGGACACAGCGGCACCCAUCGGCGCCUUCAUGUGGCCGCUGCACUGGUCAAUGUGGGUGGGCAUCUUCGCCGCGCUGCACAUCACCGCGCUCUUCCUCACGCUGUACGAGUGGAAGAGUCCGUAUGGCAUGACGCCACACGGACGUAACCGCGUCCGUGUGUUCUCAUACUCGUCGGCGCUGAACCUGUGCUACGCCAUCCUGUUCGGACGCACCGUUGCCUCCAAGACGCCGAAGUGUUGGACGGGCCGGUUCCUGAUGAACCUGUGGGCCAUCUUCUGCUUGCUGGUGCUGUCGAGCUACACCGCCAACCUCGCCGCCGUUAUGGUAGGAGAGAAAACCUUCGAGGAAGUGUCGGGGAUCCACGACGCAAAGCUGCACCAUUCGUCGCGAGGUUUCCGUUUCGGAACAGUGAGGGAGAGCAGCGCCGAGGAUUACAUGAAGAAGAGUUUCCCAGAGAUGCACGAGUACAUGAGGCGCUUCAACGAGCCGACCACGCCGCAAGGAGUCGCCACGCUCAAGACAGAUCCUCCCCAGCUGGACGCCUUCAUCAUGGACAAAGCUCUGCUGGACUACGAGGUCUCCAUCGACGCCGACUGCAAACUGGCAACGGUCGGGAAACCGUUCGCCAUCGAGGGUUACGGUAUCGGUCUCCCCCAGAACUCUCCUCUGACGUCCAAUGUCUCGGAGUUCAUCAGCAGAUAUAAGUCGGAGGGUUUCAUGGAUCUGCUGCACGACAAGUGGUACAAAGUGGUUCCCUGUGGAAACCGCGUGUUCGCUGUCACCGAGACUCUCCAGAUGGGGAUCAGCCAUUUUUCGGGUCUGUUUGUGUUGCUGUGUGUGGGCGUGGCCGGAGCGCUGCUGACUCUCGCCGGAGAACACGCCUUCUACCAACUGGUCCUGCCACACAUCCGCCGCCGCCAGAACCUCAAGUACUGGCUGCACACGUCACAGAAGAUCCACCGUGCUCUGAACAUGACGUAUGAAGACGUGAAGAAGCAGCAAGCCGACAAAGACAAAAGCUGUAACCUGGAGAAGUCUCAGCCCCCCCUGGGCCCCCCCGCCCCGCCGGUCCCCGGAGCCUCGGCCAAAUGGAACAACGAGGCCAGCAAGGACGCCGCGGCCACUGCCGCCGCUAAGGAUGCCCGAGACUUCAAGAGAGUCCACUUCAACCUGGAGACCCUCAACACGCGCCGCCUGCUCGCUCGCAUCGCUACUUCUGAAGCCAAGGGAGGCGUGGCCAAACCUGAUUGGACGGGAGCAGCCACGCCCAGGGCGGGGGCAGCCAUGCCCAGGGCGGGGGCAGCCAUGCCCAGGGCGGGGGCUAACAUCAGACUGUGUGAGAACGGAGGACCGGGGACUUCUCUGGCCAGCCUGGUGCUCUCCCUUCCCUCCUCCUCCUCCUCCUCUGCUUCCUGCUCCGCCCGCCACAGUUUACCCAACACGUCUGUGGCUGGAGCCGCGCCCCCAGUGGCGGUGGAGCCCCCAGUGGCGAUGGAGCCGCCGCGGCCUGGCGAGCUGCAGGAGUUGCAGGAACAGAUCGAUGAGAUGAGGGACAAACUGAGGACGGCGUUAGCCAGGAGGGCCCACAUCCAGACUUCUCUGAACAAACCUGUUGCCACGGUGACAGACAACAUGACAACAGCAACUGGAGCCACCCUGCCCGCUGGCGCCCUGCCCGCUGGCGCCCUGCCUGCUGGCGCCCCGGUAACGCCUUUCCCUGCCAACAUGAAAAGCGUGACGACCAUGACGGACCCGCCUCACAAAGUCUUGUCCAAAGUCCGGCCCUUCCACAGCAGAACGACCAAUCAGAGGAGGUGAUGCUCACUGUACCUGGUGCCCAUUUUAAACUGUGAUCCCGAAUUCAAACCUGCAGAAUUCAGCGGCCAUUUUUUCUGCUCUGAGUGGCGACGUGAUAACACGUUUGAUUUCAUUUGGUUUUUGAAUGUAUUUAAAAUGUGUGUGAGUUCUGUGUGGCCCUGCUCAUCAACCUUUGCACACGGCGGCCAUUUUAAACUGCUGACAGGGGGGGGAAUGAAUCAGGGUUUUAUUUUGAAAUGCCAAAGUUAAACACAAGAAAGUGAGUAAGUCGUUAGAAGUCAGAAACAAACAUCAGAGUUUCUGAUCUGACAUUUGGCAGAAACAUGCGUCAUACAACCCAAUAACUACUUUAGACUGACAGCCCUAUAUCACCAAAACACGCCCACGUUAUCACUUUUUGACAUACUAUACUAUGACUUUUUCUAACUUUUUUCUAAAUAAGUCAGAUUCAUGUCCUGUUUGAAAGCCUCUGGUGAACGCCAACACUUGAUUUAACACUUUCAAUCAUGACUUUGAUAACAAUAACAAUGUUCUUAAAGAACACAAGGGCAUAUGUUAAUACAUUUGGUAAGUACACUGACACGUGUUAAUGAAGUUUCAGCCUAAUGAAAGAAUGUGACGGUUCUUCAGUUCACGUCAAACAGUUUAAAAUGGCCGCCACUGGUUUCAGGAACGUUUGUGAGUUUUGACAGUGCAAGAACAGGACUUCCUGUGAGGCUGAAUGCAGCAGAGUCACUACACGAUGUGAGUCGAGUGCAGAUGUGAGUUGCGCAUUCGUCACUUUGCGACAGCCCCACGCAGGUAGGCUAGCAGAUCUGUUUUGCUGUUAGUCACAGAAUAAUGAGAUAGGUACAUUACAUAGCAGUAAUUUAUUAUUUAGCGUAAGGCAUCACAUUUUCACAGCAUGAUCUCUGAUGUCAGGCUGAAGUAGCUUGCA